UAGGUUAGGCCUCCCCCCCCCCCCCCUAAAAACACCCUCUUUUUCUCUCUUCAAUCCUCCCCUUCUUCUUCUUCUUCAUCAUCAUAAUCUCCCCCCUUCCUCUUUAGCUCAAUUUCAUUGUAAUGGCCACAAUGCUGGUCCCACCGUGGCUGGAGCCGCUGCUAAACACGGCGUUCUUCGCCGUCUGCCGCACCCACGGCGACGGCGCCCGGAGCGAAUGCAACAUGUUCUGCCUGGAUUGCGGCGGCGCAGCCGCCGCUUUCUGCUUCUACUGCCGCUCUUCCCGCCACAAGGAUCAUCAAGUCAUUCAGAUAAGGAGGUCGUCGUACCAUGAUGUUGUGAGGGUUUCUGAGAUUCAGAGGGUGCUGGACAUCACCGGAGUUCAAACGUAUGUCAUAAACAGUGCACGAGUUUUGUUCCUCAACGAGCGGCCACAACCUAAGAGCAGCGGCAAAGCUGUUUCUCACAUCUGCGAGAUCUGCAGCAGAAGCCUUUUGGACCCUUUCCAGUUUUGUUCAUUGGGUUGUAAGCUUGUAGGAAUAAAGAGGAAUGGGAAUGCAAGCUUUGUCUUGGAUGCGAAGAAUGAGUUUGGAAUGGAAAGAGGAGAAGGGAUAUCAUCAAGAAGGGCAUCAAAGGAGGAAGAUGAAUUGCGUGAAGCCUCACAACAUGACAUUUACCCGGCCACGCCUCCGCCCCCGCCUACCAAUGGAAGGAGAAGAAAAGGCAUUCCCCGAAGGGCGCCCUUUUUAUCCUGAGUGUUGUUGGAUGUGUUGUCGGUUCGGUUUUAGACCGAUCAACUCUGUAUUUAUAAAAGAAAUUCAAAUUCUUUAAAUUAAAUUAAAUUUUAUAGAAAGAAUUGAGGAAUAUAUACAACUCAUUUAUACUUGUUUGUUUCACACUUUCACAUAUAAACCCAUCUUUGGGGCAACAAAUGUUGGCCACUUGGGGGGAGGUGGGGUUGUAAGAACAAAGAAUAGUUUGGGUUCAUAUGAAGUUUCCCAUUGGAGAUGGUGGGGCCUUUUGGACAAAAAACCAAACCAUAUACAAUAUUCUCUUGGUGUAAAGUCCAAUAAUGCAAAAUUGUAAUCAAAGUUUCCAA